AUGGCGAACGCGUCAAAGCACAUCAAAGCGCCAGAUCCGCUAGCUCGGCUACCCGACCCGAUUCAGCAAAGGAUCCUUGAAGCUGGUGGGCUCAUGGAUGGCCCCCUGCCGAGCAUCGCACGCAGCACCCACCAGCGCCCAGCGGCACCCAGCAGCACCCAGCAGCACUCAGCAGCACCCGCCGACCUCGAUGCAGCCAGCUGCGCGAUCAGCGUCGCGAACAUCGAGGAGCACGCACCUCAAGGGAAGGCUGAGGGCAAGCUUGAGGAGACAAAAGUCGCUAGCGGCGGCAUCGAGCGAGAUCAAGAGCGGACGCUUCACCGCUACACCAUCGGGAGGCGGGCUUCUUGGCAGACAUGA